UUUUUUUAAAAAAAGGGAAAGAAAGAAAAAGGGAAGCCUCCCAAUGGACUGGUCUUGUUUCACAAAGCAAGGCAGCCUUCAAGUUGAAGACUUUGACCAGUGUGUGUGUGUUUUUUUUAGAAGAAUUCUCAUGCCUGGAAUAAUCUAGUACAGGUUUUUUUUCUUCUUUUUCUUUUAAACUUUGGUUAAGAGUUGGUAAAAGUUCUUCCUUUUCUUCAGGCAGCUGAAACCCUUCCAGGAGACUCUGCUUUGCUCAACUUGUCUUCGGUCUCUGUGUAACAGCCUGCAUGUUUUGGUGCUGCUCAGACUCUAUGUGGUCUCUAUGGCCUCAUUUUACGGGACUGUCACACGGAGGGAGGUUUUCCCCAGCACCAGAAAAAAACCUUGGUGUGGUCUCUUCAGCACAGUAGCUAAGAACAAGUUUCCCGAUUGCUCCCAGGUUCUCCCGGGAACUCUUUUCAGGAAGUGGCUGUUCCUCCCCCACACUUAAAUGGAUGAUUGUGUUACAAUUAGGAAAAAGCAUCUUCAGAGACCUAUCUUUAGACUAAGAUGUUUGGUGAAGCAGCUGGAGAAAGGUGAUGUGAAUGUGGCUGAACUGAAGAAGAACAUUGAAUAUGCAGCAUCUGUUCUGGAGGCAGUAUACAUUGAUGAAACCAGGAGAUUAUUGGAUACGGAGGAUGAACUAUCAGAUAUCCAAUCAGAUUCCGUUCCACUGGAAGUCCGAGAUUGGUUAGCAUCUACCUUUACGAGGAAAAUGGGAAUGACCAAAAGGAGACCGGAGGAGAAACCAAAAUUUCGAAGCAUCGUGCAUGCUGUACAAGCUGGGAUCUUUGUGGAAAGAAUGUAUCGAAGAACGUCUACCAUGGUUGGUUUGGCUUAUCCAUCUGAAGUAAUAGCAACCUUUAAGGAUGUUGACAAAUGGUCUUUUGAUGUAUUUUCCUUAAACGAAGCAAGCGGAGGCCACAGUCUGAAAUUUAUGAUGUAUGAAUUGUUUACCAGAUAUGAUUUAUUGAGCCGUUUCAAGAUUCCUGUUCCAAGUCUUAUUUCAUUUGGAGAAGCUUUGGAAAUUGGCUACAGCAAGUAUAAAAAUCCUUACCACAAUUUGAUCCAUGCAGCUGAUGUUACCCACACUGUACAUUGCAUCAUGCUUCUGACUGGGAUCAUGCACUGGCUCACUGAACUGGAAAUAUUAGCCAUGAUUUUUGCAGCUGCAGUUCAUGACUAUGAACAUACUGGGACUACAAACAAUUUCCACAUUCAGACCAGGUCAGACGUUGCUAUUCUGUACAAUGAUCGCUCUGUCCUUGAAAACCACCAUGUUAGUGCUGCUUAUAAGAUUAUGCAGGAAGAGGAAAUGAAUAUUCUGGUGAAUCUAACAAAAGAUGAAUGGAGGGAACUGCGCAACUUGGUUAUUGAGAUGGUUUUAUCUACUGAUAUGUCUGGGCAUUUCCAGCAAAUCAAGACAAUGAGGCACACUCUUCAGCAAACAGAAGGGAUAGACAAAGUGCGAGCCAUGGCCUUGAUCCUCCACGCUGCUGACAUCAGCCAUCCAUCAAAAUUGUGGGUUCUGCACUACCGAUGGACAAAGGCCCUGAUGGAAGAAUUUUUUCGACAGGGAGACAAAGAGGCGGAGCUGGGGCUACCAUUCUCUCCUCUCUGUGACCGGAAAUCCACCAUGGUAGCACAGUCCCAAAUAGGUUUCAUUGAUUUCAUAGUGAAACCAACAUUUGCUCUUCUUACUGACUCCAUGGAGAAAAUAAUUUUUCCUCUUAUAGAGGAAGCAUCCAAAUCCGAAAGUCCUACCUUUGUGACAGAACCAAGUGAAAAUAGUACAGGAAGUACCAGCAGCGAUAUACACAAAAAGAUCAGUAUAAAAAAUGCUGCAUGUGUUGGUGGGACCUGCUCGGAAAACGCUUUGGCAAUGGUGGAUUUAAGAAGCUUUAAGGACAACCUAUUCCACAACAUACAGGAAAACAAAGACAGGUGGAAAGAUUUAGCAGAAAAAGGCGAGCCUAAUCUCAGUGAGAAUUCUGAAGAGCCACUGAAAGAGCCAGAACUGUCCAGUUAGGUCAAUCGUACCUUUGUUGUUUCUGCUCAUUUUCAGACUAAGAGGAUGAACUGAACAGCAAGAAAGGGUCUUCGUUCAACACAAGGCUGCUAUCUUUUCUAUGUACCACCACAAAGGAAUGAGCUGAUAAUUCAAGGCUUUGAUUUGCAGCUAUCAAGACCUUGUUUGAUUUCUUCUUCAGUUCUUCUAUUAUCCCUUAACGUAGCUGGAAUACAUCUUCAGCCAAAACAUUUGUUAGAUACACAUACACACAGCCAUAUUGAAUGACUGCUGAAGGGAGGAAGUGCCUGAUUAGCAGAAACUUUGUGGAAGCUUCCUCUGAGCAGAUUGCCUCACUUGGAGAUGAUUAAGAGGACCGUGGACUGGAUCUCAACGUGCAAUUAGUGUAGACAGCUGCAAGCUGCUUCUCUGCUGUCUUGUUGAUUCAUGACAUAUCCAGAUGUACAGAUUUCCGCUUUUAUAGAAAUAUGGGGUAGAGGAUUCAGAAAAGCUGCACUAAAAAAUACUAAGAAUUGUAGAAAGCCCCUUGAAUAAGUAGUGAUGUUUUACAGGUAUCUAAUGAGGUAAACCUCUGGUCUUUUACAUAACCAGCCUUAUUUCUGAAGGGUAUAAAAAUAUCUAUUUAAAACUAAUAAAACACGGCUACGUCAAAUUCUUUGAGAAGAUCAAAUGCUAGUUUCUGGGUCUCAGAGUCUUGGAAGAAGCCAUGAUUUAGCAGCUAAGCAUAUAGGGAGUCCAUGAUGCAAACUCCAGAGAAAAACAAGUUGAGACUUCAGGGUUGUAUGAGAGACCUCAAUCUAGGACAGGGGUCUCCAAACUUGGCAACUUUAAGACUUGGGGACUUUAACUCCCAGAAUUCUGGAAGUUGAAGUCCACAAGUCUUAAAGUUGUCAAGGUUGGAGACCCCUGCUCUAGGAGCUUGCAGAACUGCUACCAGCUAAAGUCAAACUCACUAAACUAGGCAAGCCAACACUUUGUCUCUUUUUAAAGGAUUCAUAUUGCAGACCAUCUUGGUAAAUAUGCCAAGAGAAUACUGUAUGGAAUUUUUUAAUACAUCUGAAGUUGUUUUCACUCUGUAGACAGAAGUCAGCUGGAGGCUUUCUCUCCUUCCCUACUGAGGGAAGCGGCAAAAACCAAGACUUGACAAGCGCUCUGCCUGCUUUUUCUGACUUUCUCCCUUUGGAGCUAGUUGCUCUCCACACUUUUGGGCGAGGCUAGAGAGCAAGAGCAUCCAUCCCAUUACAAAACCCAUGUCAAAGGGGUCGCCAAAGCCAUAUAUGAGCUGUGCCUAUUAGAUACCAGCUAUUUGAUUCGAAGGAAAGUGGAUCGAAAUGAUGAUAAUAAUAUUUAAAAAAAAAAAAAAAGCAUGUGGCAACUCUUUCUGUCAAAAGGGCAGAGCUUGUAUUUAAGCAUUGACUUUGUGUGCAAUAUACCACAGCGGGACGCCCUUUGGAAGAACAAAACUGUCUGAAAUGUUUCUAUGAUGGAACUGACACUUUUGCGGAAGUGCUUUCUCUCUUUCUGCCCUGUCUGUGAAUGUGCCUAUGUAUGUAUACGUAGUCCUGAGUACAUACCCAUACGCUGCUACUAUCAAGUGGCAGAGGAAUUUGGAUAAUUCACCGUGUCUUCAUGCUCUCACUGAAUUAUUUUCCCAUGAUUAAAGAUAACCAUUCUCGUGAAUGUUUUUUUGCAUCGAGAAGCUUCAAGAGAUAUCUAUCAACCCACAGGAAUAUAUUCUUUCGUUAAUCCUAGGGAUUUCUCAGGAAAAUACUUGUAGACUCUUCAACCUGGAGCUCCCGUGUGCAAAAUGGAGAUGUCCACUUCUUCGGGGGGGGGCGGGAAAUAGGGGGUUCCUCAAGAUCUUUUCCUUGUAUGGGACUGUCCAGCAACAGCAAAGAGAUCUACAGUUUUAUUUUGGAAGCCCUCAUAUAAUGCCUUAAUUAUUUAGGAUUAAUCUUUUUUGGUCACCUGCAUGCUUGUAGUCAUCUCGCCCACCAAAUGGUAGGUCAGUUCAAAUUAAAGCUUUGCCAAGCAUGAGUCUUCAACAGGAAGAAAGGCAAUUAUCUUCUGUCAAAUACGAUGCAGUUUCAGCUGUAACUCCAUAUAAAUGCCAUUGUCUGCCUCUGGUAGAUGUACUGUAGGUUUCUUUAAAAGCAUUUGCGUUAGCACCCCUUGGGAGAGGCUCUGUGACAUUGAGAAACGUUUGACCUCCUAUCAUUCUCAGAACAUUGAGGCCAAUCCGGUAGGAACAUACAUUUUGUGGCCUUUAUUUUACCACUGAAAAUUUUAUUUAGUUUUAUGCUACCAAUGAAGAACGACAGCAGUUACUGAGCAUAAUCUCAUAAUUUUGAUUUUUGCAGAGGAGAAGGGAAUGCAGUGGACUCAAUCCCAUUAAGAUCUGCUUUUGCAUAGUUUGUUCGGGGUUAUCCCCCCCUCUAUGUUGCCUUAUGUUGAAAAGGUCAUAUUUUCAAUUGGGACAAACAGUUAAAACAAGCAAGGUAUGGAUAGUGGCAAGUCUUAGAAUCCUAAUUCGAAGUCAUGCUCUUUCAUUUCAUUGGCUUGUCAGUAAAACAGACAUAAUGUGAAAAUCCAUGACGUAUGACAUGCUGAUGUACGACAUGUGUUUGGGACCAGAAAAUGGGGAGCGAGGGAGGGGGUACCCAUUUUUUACAUGUUCUCUUUGUUUUGUUUUAGCUUUAGGCUGCUUUUUAAACACUGUGAUGGGCUUCAGUGAAAGAAGGUUUUUCCUCCACAGGUCUUUUAAAUUUCUCUCAACGUUAAUAUUGAAUUGGGACCACAUUAUGGAUUACUUGUUUGGUUUCGUAAUGAUUUAUGCAGCAUAUGUCUUGUCUGAUCUGGUCUUUUCUGUACACUUAUAGUUAGUGUACAUUGUCCUUUCCAGAGCCACCUAGUAUGAGUUGUAUGAUAAGUAAAUUUGUUCACAUGGAUGGCCGCAGGUCUGCCAUGUUUAAUUUUUUGGGAGCAUUGUGGGAAAUUAAAGUGGUGGCCUAAUCUUUUUACCUUGCACUCCUCAGAGUAUACAGUAGCUGAAUAGACAUAGGGGUAUACUUUCCAACUUUUGUUUUGUAUAUAUUUAUCUUGAGAUUUCUGGCAUACUGUGUAAUAUAAACAUGAAUUAUAAUUUCAGCAUUUUAAAAGAAUUAAUUUUUAGUGUGGCAAUCCUCAUGGAAUGUAUGGGGAGCUUUUUUCUGCUGUAGUUGCCUAAGAUAAGAUGUCUAAAUAAAUUAUAUUGGAAAGCAA